AUGCUUCCACCUCACUUCUCAAGCACCAUUUUCCUCCUCUGCAUCUUCUUCACACUCCUCGAAGCCACUAACUCCCUAAAUCUCACUCUCCCUCACCAACACCCUUCUCCCGAUUCCGUCGCUCUCCACGUCUUAAGGAGUGUCAAUGCAUCCCUCUCCCGGAGACAACUCAGCUCCUCCUCCUCAUCAUCAUCUUCCUCAUCCAGUUGCCGUACCGGAAACCCAAUCGACGAUUGCUGGCGUUGCGACUCCUCCGACUGGGCAUCCAACCGCCAGAGACUCGCCGACUGCUCAAUCGGCUUCGGCCGCGGCACACUCGGCGGCAAAAACGGCCGGAUCUACGUCGUCACAGACUCCUCCGACAACAACCCAGCUAACCCAACUCAAGGAACACUCCGUUACGGCGUAAUCCAAGAGGAGCCGCUCUGGAUCGUCUUCUCCUCCAACAUGUUCAUCAGACUCAAAGAGGAGCUCAUUAUCAACAGCUACAAAACCCUAGACGGCCGCGGAUCCGCCGUUCACAUCACCGGAAACGGCUGCUUAACAAUCCAGUACGUGCAACACGUCAUCAUCCACAACCUCCACAUCUACGACUGCAAACCUUCCGGCGGCGCCGUCGUGGCCGCUUCCCCCACGAAAGCCGGAAAACGAGGCAGAUCCGACGGAGACGGGAUCUCCAUUUUCGGAUCUCAGAAGAUCUGGGUCGACCACUGCUCCAUGAGCCACUGCUCCGACGGGCUCAUCGACGCCGUGCUGGGCUCGACGGCGAUAACGAUAUCGAACAAUUACUUCACGCACCACGACGAGGUGAUGCUGCUGGGCCACGACGAUAGCUACGCGCCGGAUACGGGGAUGCAGGUGACGAUUGCGUUCAACCAUUUCGGUCAAGGGCUUGUUCAGAGGAUGCCGAGGUGUCGGAGAGGCUACAUCCAUGUCGUCAACAACGAUUUCACGUCGUGGAAGAUGUACGCGAUUGGUGGUAGUGGUAAUCCAACUAUUAACAGUCAAGGGAAUCGUUACGCUGCUCCUUCUGAUCCUAGCGCCAAAGAGGUGACGAAGCGAGUGGACUCGAGGGACGAUGGGGAGUGGUCGAAUUGGAACUGGAGAACGGAAGGAGAUCUGAUGGAGAACGGAGCUUUCUUUGUGGCGUCUGGUGAAUCAAUGAGCACUAUGUACUCUAAAGCUUCCAGUUUGGAGCCUAAAGCUUCCGCUCUCGUAGACCAGCUCACUCGAAACGCUGGCGUUUUCGGCGCUCCCAGGGAUGAUGAAGGUCAAAGUGGCGAUUCUUAUACUCCGUAUGGAGGCGGUGGCAGCAGCAGCAACAGCGGUGGCGGUAGCAUUGGAGGCAUGAGCGGUAUGGGUGGUACGGCAAGAGGAAGCAGCAGCGAUGACAACAAUUUCUUUGGAAUGAUAUUCGGAAGCAACGCACCGCCUCCGCCGCGUUUAACGUUAUUAUUAUUGUCGUCUUUGUUAAUGAUUUGUGUUUUGUCAUCAUCAACUCUAUUAUUGUGGUAG